AUGUUAUCCCGCAUCCCUACAGUCCUCCUAGCUGUGUUGUGUCGGUGUGUGCUAGUGUCUCUGGGGGUGGACCCCCCUCACCCCCGUCGAGAGAUCCGGAUCGAGGGAGACCUGGUCCUGGGGGGGCUGUUCCCGGUCCAUGAGAAGGGGGGAGGAAUAGAGGAGUGUGGGAGGGUGAACGAGGACAGAGGGAUCCAGAGGUUGGAGGCCAUGCUGUUUGCUAUAGAUAGGAUCAACUCUGAUCCUACUCUACUGCCUGGAAUCAGUCUGGGAGUUCACAUACUGGACACCUGUUCUAGAGAUACAUACGCACUGGAACAGGCGCUGGAGUUUGUACGUGCGUCUCUGACCAAGGUGGACGAUACAGAGUUUAUCUGUCCUGAUGGAUCCUACGCUCUACAGGACGACAGUCCCCUGGCAAUCGCUGGAGUUAUAGGAGGAUCCUAUAGCAGCGUGUCUAUACAGGUGGCCAACCUGCUCCGCCUCUUCCAGAUCCCUCAGAUCAGCUAUGCCUCCACCAGUGCCAAGCUCAGCGACAAGACACGCUAUGACUACUUUGCCCGCACGGUGCCCCCUGACUUCUACCAGGCCAAAGCGAUGGCAGAGAUCCUGCGGCUGUUCAACUGGACCUACGUGUCCACGGUGGCAUCAGAGGGAGACUACGGAGAGACGGGCAUAGAGGCGUUCGAACAGGAAGCACGUAUGAGGAACAUCUGCAUCGCUACCUCUGAAAAGGUGGGGCGCUCUAACGCUAAGAAGUCAUAUGAGGCAGUGAUCAGGCAACUCCUCCAGAAGCCCAAUGCCCGCGUGGCAGUUCUCUUCCUGAGGAGUGAUGACGCUCGAGAACUCCUCUCUGCCGCCGCACGACUCAACACCACCUUCAUCUGGGUGGCCAGUGAUGGCUGGGGGGCACAGGAAAGCAUUGUCAAGGGCAACGAGGCCACGGCCGACGGGGCCAUUACCCUGGAACUGGCGGCCAAUCCCGUGCCGGCUUUCAACCGCUACUUCCUGUCUCUGGAUCCAAUCAACAACCGCCGCAACCCCUGGUACCGGGAAUUCUGGGAGCAGAAGUUCCAGUGCUCACUUGGCGGAGGAGGAGGCGGGGCAGGAGGAGUAGGGUCAGGGGGGAUGGUGUCUCUCUCCCUCCCUCCCUGUGAGAAGGGUGUGUCGGUGGAUGACAGUAACUUUGAGCCGGAGUCCAAGAUCAUGUUCGUGGUGAAUGCGGUAUACGCCAUGGCCCACGCCCUCCAUAAGAUGCAGAGAACAUUGUGUUCCAACACCACCAAGCUCUGUGACAGCAUGAAGGCUCUGGAUGGACGCAAGCUCUACAGAGACUACCUUCUCAACAUCAGUUUCACAGCUCCCUUCUCUCCUCUCGGCAGUGAGACUGUGGUGAAGUUUGAUCCCUAUGGCGACGGGAUGGGACGUUACAACAUCUUCAGUUACCAGCGCAACGCUGAUCGCUAUGGCUAUGUGCCCAUCGGCGAGUGGGCGGAGACUCUGAGCCUGAGCAGUGACCUGAUUCGCUGGCCAAGGGAGGUGGUGCCCCCAUCCCAGUGCAGUGACCCAUGUGCCCGCAAUGAGAUGAAGAAGAUGCAGGCUGGAGAGUACUGUUGUUGGAUCUGUACGCCAUGUGAGGCUCAUGAGUACCUGGCUGAUGAGUUCACCUGUUCGCCCUGCGCCCCCGGCCAGUGGCCCAGUGAAGACCUCACUUUCUGCUAUGACCUGCCCGAGGACUACAUCAUGUGGGAGGACGCCUGGGCCAUCGGACCCAUCAGCAUCGCCAUUGUCGGGUUCCUGUGUACAUCUCUGGUGUUCUGGGUGUUUGUGAGACACAACAACACGCCCCUGGUGAAGGCGUCAGGCAGAGAGUUGUGUUACAUCCUGCUGCUGGGUGUCUUCAUGUCCUACUCCCUCACCUUCCUCUUCCUGGCCAAGCCCUCGCCUACUAUCUGCGCCAUGCGACGCCUCGGCCUCAGCACCUCAUUCGCUGUCUGCUACUCAGCCCUGCUCACUAAGACCAAUCGGAUCGCCCGGAUCUUCAGCGGGGUAAAGGACGGGGGCGGGACCACAAGGCCGCGCUUCAUAAGCCCCACCUCUCAGGUGUUUAUCUGUCUCAGUCUGAUAUCGGUCCAGUUAGUGAUGGUGUCAGUGUGGUUGCUGCUGGAGGUUCCCGGUACCAGGAGGUUUACGUUACCGGAGCGACGGCAGACAGUGAUCCUGAAGUGUAACGUCCGUGACUCCAGCAUGCUGCUGUCACUAGUAUAUGACGUGCUCCUGGUCAUCCUGUGUACCGUGUACGCCUUCAAGACCAGGAAGUGUCCAGAGAACUUCAAUGAGGCUAAGUUCAUAGGAUUUACCAUGUACACAACCUGUAUCAUCUGGCUAGCAUUCCUGCCCAUAUUCUACGUCACAUCCAGUGACUACAGGGUCCAGACCACCACCAUGUGUAUCUCUGUCAGUCUCAGUGGUUUCGUGGUGCUGGGCUGUAUGUUCGCUCCCAAGGUCCACAUCAUCAUGUUCCAACCACAGAAGAACGUCACCAGUCUCCGCCUCAAUAUCAACCGCUUCAGUGUCAGUGGUCCUGCCACCACAUGCGCUUCACACGUGAGUGCCCAGUAUGUACCGACUGUGUGUAAUGGGAGAGAAAUUGUUGACUCCACCACUUCCUCUCUGUGA